CAUCGGGCCGGACACGGAGUGACGGCCCUGGGCGAGGACCAACGUACCCAUCUUACGCCAGGAGCUCACACCAGGACUCCGCCUGCCAGGUGGCUUCGUUAUGGAUGAAACUGUUGCUGAGUACAUCCGAAGAACUGUACUGAAAAUCCCCCGAGGUGAAAUCAAGUCAAUGCUACAGAAAUGGGGCUUCCUCUCUGAGGCACAGCUGCAAACCAUAAACUUCCACCAAGUGAAGGACAACGUUUCUCAAGAAGUUGUUCACCUCUGUGAGGAAAACUCUGCAGACAUAAAGCAAGCAGCUGUCCUAGACAUCAUUUACAACCACAUCUACUCGAACAAAAGAAUGUGGAGUGUUUACCAGAUGCAGAAAACAGGGGAAGAACCAGAAAUUUUUGAUUUGCACAGUUUCAAAAAGAAAUUUAAAAGACGACUUCUGUCAGCCUUGGAGAACGUCACCAUCAAUUUCAGAGAAUAUGAGGAUAAUGCAAUCUGGAUUAGGGUUGCCUGGGGAACACCAUAUACAAAACCAAACCAGUACAAGCCCAGCUAUGUUGUAUACCAUUCCCAGACUCCCUAUGUCUUCAUUUCUACUUCAAUGUUUAAGAGCAACUUGCCUCUGCUGUGUCAGGCCCUGGUUGUUGCUUCCAGCUACCGUGACAUCCGGGAAAUGGAGCUUCGAAGUCAUUCUUUAAACUCCCUUAAAGAUAUUGUGUUUAAGAGAUAUAGUCAGCACUUCCAAACUCAUUGCCCAAGACCUAUACAAGACAGAAGUGGGGUACUAGAAAGUGCAGAUUUAAGGAUAAUUCAGGAAAACAAAAGUGAGAAAGAAAGAAUACAGAGAGUGACUCGGGAGAUUUUUGGUGAUGGUCCCCAACCACAACUUGAAUUCGCACAAUAUAAGCUUGAGACAAUGUUCAAAAGCGAUCCUACAAUGGAAGUGUUGGAUAAAAAAGAACCAUUCAGAUGUCUGGUCAAGUUUUCAAGUCCGCAUCUUUUAGAAUCACUGAGAUCCUUGGCACUAGCAGGUAUGGCUGAUGCACCACUUUCACCGCUGCUUACAUGUAUAACAGAAAAAGCUAGGAAUAAUUUCAAAAUUAAAGAGAAAAAAAGUUCCUUCCCAGAAGGCUUUGUAAGCCCUUAAUUUAAAACUGAUUCACAGAAAUAUACCACUCAUUUAUUAAUGGCACUAAUAUAAGCCAUUGGAGACUCUAAACCAGUAUUUUUUAAAAGUAACUUAUUCUUUGGUAAUACUUUGAAAGUGUUUUCCAAAUAGUGGCUGUUCUGAUUAUUUUCUCCAUAUGGCUUUAACAGAAGGGUUAGCCCUUCCCUUAAAUAAUAAAAUCCUAUUAUUUGUGAGCUUAAGCAAAGGUUGUGGUUAUUUUGCAUUUAAAUAUGAUGACUGCUUUUAACUGCAUUCUUAACAAUACUUGUGAAGCUAAAGCUUAAUAAAGCAACACUAAGACAGCUGUAGCUGUGCAGUUCCUACCAUAACUGUAGAUGGCCAAGAUAUUGGAGGUGGCUGUCUUAUUUGGCUCCAGUUCAGCAGCACAACAGAUUAGGUGUCCUGCUUUGAACAUGUGAAUAGUCCUGUUCAAGUAAGUGGGGCUAUAGGUUUGCAGGUCAGGCAUGUUUUUUGCUUAGUAAAUGAAGGCCAUUACAGGGCAUGAGGAAGAAGGGACUCUUGGAAUAUAGAUGUCAAUAAGAGAUUUCCUUUCAACUUCAAUGGUUAUUAGUUCAGAUCCAGAGGUUUUAUUCACUGACAUCAACAGCCAAUAAGAAGUGAAAACCUAUCUAUUGGUAUUAAUGGUCUGUAAAAUUCUGUCUUGGAGUAAAUACAAUGAAGAUUUGAUCCUUUUGCAAUCCUUGCUACCACUGUUUUUGUACUUGGUGCCAUAAAGAUUGGAGAAUCAAGAUAGCAACAGCAGCUUUACACUGGAGUUCUUUAGAAUUGGUAAACUGUAGUUGUUGAUGAUAAUUUUCUGUAAUUUGCUGCAUCAUGUUGAAGUUGAAAUUCAAUCUGAAGAUUGAGUCCUAGUGUGCAGGUGCUUUAUUAAUUCUAUGACCUGAAAUCUUUGUGCAUGUGCUUCAAAUUCCAUGUGCUACAUGCAAUUUCUGAUUCACUUUGGCUCUGCACAUUGAUAUAUCUAGUCUUCGUAACCAUGCAGUGUUGAUGUUUUGAGAGGUAUGGCAAUGGUUUUGUUUUACAAACUGUAAAUAAAUGUGUAAAUUACAUCUUCUCAUAGAA